UUGCAUGCCCAGAGGUGGAGACUGUAAUGUUUGCCGAGAGCAUGAGUCGGGAGGAGUCUCUUCAUCAGGAUUUUGAGGCUCUGACCGUGUCAAAACGGAUUGUGAGGAGUGUUAGUCAGAAGUUGAGGAAAAAAAACCAUAGAGGUGAAGGGGAGGAAGAGGAUAAGGUGAGAAGGGUCUCCUUGAACUGUCUUACUCUAUAUGGUAGAGGUGGUGGUUGCAAAGUGGGUGCUGAUAUGGAUGAGGAAUUUGGUGAUCCAAGUAACAGGAGAAGGUCAAGUUCCAGUGAAGAAGGAAAGGUGUACAAAGCAAUUUGGGGUACUGAGGACAAUAAGUUUGAUUGCUUCUCAUAUGGGAUGAAGGAGAAGUUUUGGAAGAAAAACAAUAGAAAAGAUUUAGAACUUGAGGAAUCUGUACAACACAGCAGGAUGUAUAUCUUUCUUCCAGACGACAUUCUAGAGAUGUGCUUGGUGAGACUACCACUGACCAGUCUUAUGAAUGCCCGCCUUGUGUGCAAGAAAUGGAGACACUUGACUACAUCUCCUCGGUUUUUGCAGAUGCGACUAGAAGGUUCUUAUCAGAACCCGUGGUUGUUUCUCUUUGGUGCAGUUAAAGAUGGCUAUUGCUCUGGGGAGAUACAUGCACUGGAUGUGUCUCAAGAUCAAUGGCAUAGGAUUGGUGCUGAUAACCUCAGAGGAAGGUUCAUGUUCUCAGUUGCCGGUAUCCAGGAUGAUGUUUAUAUUGUUGGAGGUUGUUCAAGCCUAACCAACUUUGGGAGGGUGGAUAGGAGCUCAGUUAAGACACACAAAGGUGUAUUGGUCUUUAGCCCUCUCACCAAAUCCUGGCGUAAGGUUUCAUCUAUGAGGUAUGCUAGAUCAAUGCCUAUUUUAGGAAUAUCUGAGGUUACUUCAGAUUUCUUGGUCAUUCAAAGCCAUCAGAGUCGAAAUGAUAGGCGGUUUCCCAGAUCACAAGUUGGUGGAGUGUCAGAUGGUUAUGAGGGUCCGCACAGGCUUUCACUCAGGCAUCAAUACAGAAAUCCUUUUGAUGAAAAUGAGCCUUCAUUAUUACUCAAUAGAAAAUCAUACAAGUUUAUGAGACAAACAAGUGAACAAUCAAAUACAAAGGGUUGUAAAAGAUUUGUGUUGAUUGCUGUUGGAGGUCUUGGAUCUCGGGAUGAGCCACUGGAUUCUGGUGAAAUCUAUGAUUCUAUAUCAAAUAAAUGGACUGAAAUCCAGAAGCUGCCUAUAGAGUUUGGGGUCGUUUGUGCUGGGGUUGUUUGUAAUGGAAUGUUUUAUGUUUGCUCUGAGAAUGACAAGUUAGCAGGUUAUGACAUAGAAAGAGGCUUUUGGAUUGGAAUCCAAACAUCCAGAUUUCCUCGCCGUGUUCAUGAGUACUACCCAAAACUUGUGUCUUGUAAUGGUCGCUUGUUUAUGCUUUCUGUCUCUUGGUGUGAGGGAGAUGGGCAAAUUGGUCGGAGAAACAAGGCUGUAAGAAAAUUGUGGGAGCUAGAUCUGAUGUAUCUUACAUGGACUGAGGUCUUAGUACACCCGGAUGCUCCAAUGGACUGGAACCCUGCUUUUGUUGCUGACAGGAACGUAGUAUUUGGGGUUGAAAUGUUCAAAAUAUUUGGUCAAGUGUUGGAUUUCUUCACUGCGUGUGAUGUGUCUGAUAUGGAGAUGAAUUGGAACCAUAUUUCUAGGAAUCACUUGGCUCAUGAAUUAGAUGCUUCUUCUUGCAUGACCAAGACAAUGGCGGUGCUACAUCUGUAAUAUGUUUGCAAUGCACUGUAAUUCAAUCGGAAAAUUUUAAAACAUUAUUGCUCAUUGGGGGAUUUUGUGUGUACAUUUGGAUCUAUGAAUUUCAUAUUUAUUUCUUGAAUUUCCACAAUUUGUACAAUGGCAACUGCCUCUGGUUUCUCGUUCGUAUUCAGUCUUAGCAGAGGUAUGGUCACUCAUAAUCUUCCUUGUAAUUUCUUCACCAUUGUUCAUAAAUUGCUUUUGUUGUCUUUUGGUUUCUUUGAUCAAGUUGUGACAAUUAUUUUUGGAAAAGGGGGAAAAAGACAGAAAUUCUAUUUUCUAAUGUUUAAAGCUUGUAAAUUUGUAAAUUUGUCAAGAAAGAGAAUCUGAAAGCAUCAUGGUUCUUGAAUUAAAAAUAAAAAAAAUUAAGGAUUGAUGUCAAUGCUAACUGUCACAAACUAUUAUGUUAGGCUUCCAUUAAAUGAACUGAACGUGAUCUUGACUUUGAGCAUAACUGCUUCUAAUUUCUAGUACAAAGGAUCUUUCUUAUUAUAACUCUGUAAGCUUAAUUUCCUUCCAAAUUAUUUAUGAAGAUUUAAAAAACUUUAUUCUUUAUCGGAAACGUUAUGUGUCCUUGUGAGAAAAUAACAGAAAUGUGCUUGAAUUUGAAUGAUCAGUACACUCCAUGCAUUGCCCAAGUGCCGUAAAGAUGCAUCCAAAUAUCCAAUGCUUUUCCAGUUUACUCACUUUUGAAUCAAAAUACACAAAAUUUCCUUAAUACCAGCCUUAGAUUGUUGUGAAUCUUUGAACACACUAGAGGAAUCCUACUACAGCGAAACCUGGAGAAGGAAUCUUUGCCAUGAUGGAUAUCCGAGUCAAUGGUAUUCAUUCCACAAAGCAAUAGGGGCCUAGCAAAAGACACUUAGUCAAAACAUUUCCCCCACCCCCAUAUUUGUUUGUGUUCAA